AAAAAUAACUUGAAGUAUUUUGUAUGACUGACACUGACAUAUGAUUGUUUGAAGUUAGGAACAGGUGCCCAAUGGUCAAAAAGGUUAAACAUUGUCUUUGUGCUUUUAUUUGAUUGACCGAAAACCGAUAGUUUAAAAAAGAAUAUUUGUUAUAUUUUCCUUUACAAAAAACUUUGAUCUUUGUGACUACUUAAAGUGCGUAAAUUACAACUGAAUCAUAUAAAAUGAACGGGGAUAGUGCAAAUGCAGAACGAGCCUAUUUCUUGUCAGUACUUUCAACUUUUAAAAGCUACAGAGAACAAUCACUUCUAAGAAUACAACACAAAGAAGAAUGCCUUGAGGAACUACCUUAUCACCACAAAGAAUGGCUGGAAAAGUACAAAAAAGACUUAGGAGAAAUAAAAAAAGGUAUAGAGAAAAAUUCUGAAUUUAUCCCAUUAGUACUAAGACAAGCUCACUGUAUAUUUGAAAACGUUUAUGCAAAUGAAACAACAUCUCAUUCAGAACAAGCGGUAGGAACUCUAUCAGAAGGUUUGGACAAAGUACAAUCAGUUUUUAAACAGUUAAUGCGUGACUGGAGCUCGUUGGGAGCUCUCGAACGCAAGCAGUGCUACCAACCUAUUUUUGAAGAAAUCUUUACGAAUUAUCCCGAAGAUAAAUUUGACAGAAGCAAUAUACGCGUCUUGGUACCUGGAGCGGGCCUCGGUAGACUCGCGUUCGAAAUAGCGUCCAAAGGAUUCUUCUGUCAAGGCAACGAAUUUAACCUUUACAUGAUUAUAGUUUCCUUUUUUGUACUCAAUUUGUGUAAGAAGGAGGAUGAGUAUGAGGUAUAUCCGUGGAUCCACCAGUACUGUAAUAAUCUGAAAGUCGAAGAUCAAUUGUUCAGUGUUAGGUUUCCUGAUGCCAUACCAACUCUAACACCUGACAACGGAUUCUCCAUGACCGCCGGUGACUUUCUAGAAGUAUAUACUCACAGCGACGACUGGCAUUGCGUUGCUACUUGCUUCUUCAUCGACUGCGCAGCGAACGUUGUACAAUACAUAGAAAAUAUAUAUAAGAUAUUAAAACCUGGCGGCCUCUGGGUAAACUUGGGUCCAUUGCUGUAUCACUACUCUGACAUGAAAAACGAGAAGAGUGUCGAGCCGAGUUUUCAAGUCGUAAUGCAGGUUAUAACGAAGAUGGGCUUUGAGUUGGAAAAAUGUGAAACUCAUAUCAAGACGAAAUACUGCCAGAACCCCAAAUCUAUGUUACAAUACGAAUAUGACAGCGUAUUCUUCGUAUGUAGAAAGCCAAUAUCAGUGACAAGUCAUCAAGAUGACUAUUUGGGCCCUAUUUAAUAAAACAAAAUUUGUGAUAAUCUA